CUGGCCGGGGCCUCGUGAGAUCUCGGGACGCGAACACUUUUUCAUGACUGUGCAUCUCCGAUUCUCCGGUCCCGUCAUCGGAAACAUCGUUAAUAAGCCAAAAUUGGCCUUGGCAUCGUCGGGGCACCUUACUCAGCCCACGACAGCUCCCUCGCCAUGUUACAUAGUCUUCUCGCUCUCUGCCUUUCCUUUUAUUUAUCUCAUUUCAUUAUCUCAUUUCAUUUCCCUUUUUUUGUUUUGCUAAUCAUCGUCUCCAAUUAACUGACAACCAAGGUUGUCAUCGAAACACCAAGAGGGCGGGACGAAACACUGUUCCGACACUGCUACCGUUCAGGUCCUCCAAGAUGCGCAACCCGGCGAGAACUCUCUAUCCCAAGUCGUACGACACGACGCGGCGGCUGGGCUUCAAUGACCCGGGGAGAAAAAAGACGCGCCGGGCCUUUUUCAUGGGCCUCGGCAGCAACUUCCUCUAUCUGCAGCUCCUCUUCCUCGGCCUCUUCUGUUACGUCUUCGGCGCGCUAUUCCAGCAGAACGGCCACACCCACAACCUCGGCGUCGUCUUUGUCGACUACGAUGGAGGCGCCAUCGGCAACGCCGUGCGGGGCGCCUACGCCUCCCUCGAGAGCGACACCUUCAUAACCUUGGUGGAGCGGCCGCCCUCUGACUUCCCGACGCCCGCCGACGUGGCCGACGCCGUCUGCAAGACGCGCUUCUGGGCCGGUUUCUACGUGGCCGAGGGCGCGUCCGACCGGCUGCACGACGCACUGCAGCCCGACAAUACCGCAGCUUCACUUGCCUACGACGGCACGCGCGUGAUGUCGUACGUCUGGAACGAGGCCCUAUACCCCACCGCCAUCGACUCGGCCGUAUCGGCCAACAUCCAGCUGCUCGCCUCCGCCGCCAGGGUCGCCUACAGCACCGGCAACGGCACCGGCGGCGUCAGCUCCGUGUCGGGCCCCGCCGCGCUCUCCGUCUUCGCCAACCCGUGGCAGCUGCAGUCGCUCGACAUCCAACCGACGUCCCAGGGGUCGCGCGCCAUCUACAACACCAUUGUCAUCAUCCUGAUCCUGAUCCAGGAGUUCUUCUACCUCGGCACCAUCAACGGGCUGUACGCCCAGUUCAAGCUGUACGCACGCAUCGACCCGUAUCGCAUCAUCGCCGUGCGCGUCGUCGCCUCGCUCGCCUACACCUUCAUCGGCUCGCUGUGCGUCAUUGGCACCAUCUUCGCCUUCCGCGCCAACUGGGACAUCGACGGCAGCCAGCUCGUGCUGUCCUGGAUCGCGCUGUGGCUGUUCGCCCACGUCAACUUCCUGACCCUCGACGUCUUCACCAUCUGGGUGCCGCCCGCCUUCGUGCCCAUGGCCCUCAUCUCGUGGAUCAUCCUCAACAUCACAUCCACCCUCCUCCCCUUCGACCUCAGCCCGGCCUUCUACCGCCUCGGGUACGCCAUGCCGGCCCACGAGGUCUACCAGGUCCUCAUCGACGUCUGGUCGCGCGGCUGCAACCCCCAGCUGCACUACGCCCUGCCCGUGCUGUUUGCCUGGGAGGUCGCCAGCCUGGCCCUCAGCACGCUGGGCGUGUUCCGCCGCUGCCACUUCGCCACCAUCGGCGCCGAGCGCGAGGCGCACGAGUUUAAGGAACGCCUUGACGCGGCUGUGGCCUUCCAGCUGGCCCUCGAGCGCAAGGUGGAGAAGAAGAAGAGCGACCGCGCGCACCGCCAGGGGUCCACCGCUACUGCAGUCACCAACCCCGAGUCUAUUAACGCUGUCGGCACUGCCGACAGGCCAGCCACAGAAGGCAACGACGAGCCCGAGGAAAAGAAACAGCCCGAGACGGAAGGCGGGCAGGACGCUGCGUCGUCUACUACGUCUGACGAGGAGAGCGAGGUCCACGACGAGCUCGCCGAGAUCAUCCACCGCAUCAACACCCGGCAGCAGCGCGAGACGGAGCGCACCGGCGGGGCGGCCAACUUUGGCCCGUCGUUCAAUCUGCUGUUCAGCCAUGGCGACGGCGACGACGAUGGCGCUCAGUAAUUCGUUAGCUACAUGUUGAGGUUGCAGUCUACAGCGGUUACUUAUGCAGCAUGCUUUUUCUUUUGGUGUUUUUGCCCCCUUUUCUUGGGCAUCGAUAGCAUUGCGUGCCUCAUUGCCGACGGUUAAAAGACGGAUGUGGAUAUGGGCAAAGCCCGCUCGUGGGCCGGCACGGGAGGGUGGUUGUACCUGGCGUGUCAUGAACUACCAUCUACGGUUUGGCGGUGCGACGUAUGAGGAUCAAAUUAUACGCGGUGGCAUUUUGGAGUUAUUUUGUUAGUUAUUUUUGAAUUCAUUUUUAAAUUCAUUUUUGAAUUCAUUCUGGGACAAAAAUUGUUGCAGGAAUGCUCAAGGGGCCGUAUGAACGCGACAUCUACCCAAGUAGAAAAA